AACCUCAUUGAAGCGAGAUGGUUUAGAAAUGAUAAAAGACGAAAAAACGGAAAGAAUAACCGUUAAAGGCUCACCAACACAAAUAGAAAAGUUUAAAAUUGAAACGCAAGAAAUCGUUGGCUUUUUUGAAGAGCGUUCCUUGAAUGGAAACAGGUUUUCCUUGUUGAAGGCAAACAAAGCUAUUUCACACGUAAAGUCGUUGUUGACUGCAGAGAAUUCCACUGUGGAAGUUGUAGUCGAUGAUAAAGAAAUGGUAACACUGUAUGGUAUGAAAAAGACAGACGUAGACAGAGCUUUUGAUAUUAUUGUGAAUGCUAUGGUCGAAAUAAAACUCCCGGAUGGUUUGCGAACGAAAUCAUCCCAAGAUGCAUUGCUCAACGAGUUGGGAACAUCAACUCCGCUUUUAAUACAAAGAGAAGAUGGCGUUCCACGAAUCGUCUGUUUCAAGAAGCAUUCGCAAAACCUACACGCAAAAAUAGACGAUUUUAAAGAACAAAAGAAAACGGUAGAACAAAGAGUACGACUUCCAAAAGCAGUCCUACGCUAUCUCUCAACCUACGGAGAAACUACCUUGGAAGGCUUGCGACUUUCAUCACCUGGCUUGAAGAUAGAGAUUGGAGAUGAAGCCUUGGUUCUGUCUGGUGAGAAGCCAGUCGUCGAGAAUUGUUGUGUGAGCAUACAAGAUCAAACAAAAGAUCUAAAGGUGGAGAAGAUGGAUUACGGAACACCGGAAACAGCGUCAAGUAUAAAAGGAAUGGCAUACAUGGCAAUUGAGAGCAUCGAAAGGAAACAUCGAUGUGGAAUUGAAAUCACAGUCAACGACCAGCCAGAAAGACAGGGUUCAUUCCGAUCACAAAAUGCAAGCACUGUUAGUAGCAAGGAAGACAUGAAGCGUACAAUGCAAUGUCGAUACACCUUCCCAAACGGUAAAAUCAUUGAGGUACAUCAAGGCAAUAUCCUGGAACAUCCCGUACAUUACUUAGUGAACUCUGCGAACAACGAGCUCCAGCAUUCUUGGGGACUUGCCGGGGCGAUAGUUAGGAAAGGAGGGCGUAAAAUCCAGGAGGACUGUUUCCGUGCUUUAAAUCAACUGGGAACGGCAAAACUUUUACCUGGAAAUGUUGUCACUACUGACGGAGGGAAAUUGAUGUGUAAGGAAAUACUUCAUGUAGUGGUGCCAGCGUACCGUCCGUCUGACGAAGACGUCGAAGAUGAAAACGAGAUAUAUUUAAGGCACUGUUGUACUAAUGUCUUGGAAAGUGCAACCAAGGGUCAAACUAUUGCAAUCCCAGCGCUGGGCACAAGGGGAUACAGUAUUAGUGCAAAAAGUUUGGUAGCAGCGACUUGUGAUUUUUUACAAAAAAAACCUUCCCACAGUUUACAAGAAGUUCAUUUUGUUGAUUAUGAUCCCUCGGCCAUCGAGGCAUUGAUGAAAGAAAUAUUGACAAGGUUUAGUUGUGAUUUAAACUUACAUAUCAACGAACCGGUUCGAGAUAGAUGGAGACCGCUGCUAGGCGCAUCUGGUGGAGUUUCGCCACUGGUUACCACCAAAGCAUGUGAUCAUUUUACAUUUAAAACUCCCGAGGGAAUGGAAGUGCGACUGACCAUUGGAAACAUUGCAAAAUCUACGAGCGAUAUUAUCGUAAACACAGCUACAAAUGAUCUGAACCUUACGAGGAAUCCUUCAUCAAAAGCAAUUCUUGACGAAGCUGGGAGCGCCCUGAAAACGUUCUGCGUGAAAUGGAUAGAAGAUAACGGUCUAGUUAACGAAGGAGACUUUGCAAUCACAGAUGGCGCCAAGUUGAAAUGCAAGAAAGUCUUUCAUGUUAAAUGCCCCAGAUGGACAGCUGAUCAGGGAGAGAAGAAACUCCGUGAGGUUGUGCAAAAACUGUUAUCUAAAACCGCAGCUCUCUCGCUCACAUCGAUCUCAAUGCCUGCUCUUGGAACUGGGAAACUGAGAUUCCCGGAAAAAUUGGUCGCCAAAAUCUUGUUUGAAGAGGCCAUUAAAUUCAGUUCAGAUCACAAGCCUUCCUCAAAAAUCAAACUGUUUAACGUUGUCGUUUACAAGGGGAAUAAGACAGCCGUCGAUGCAUUCAAAGAACAAUUUCAAGUCUUCUCACCAACUGCUGACGUGAAUGCACGAAAAGCAAAACGAGGUUCGGAAAGUGGUGCAGGUAUUCUGAAGACAACACGUAAAAAGAUUUCGGGAGCCUUCGACAGAAGUUCGGGCAAAGAAAAAGAUAAAACACACGGAGUUGAGGUGGAAAUUGUUCAAGGAAAUAUAGUCGAGGAAUCCACUGAUGCAAUCGGGUUCCUGGUUGCCGAGGAUAUUACACAAGGAGGGCAAAUUGGAAGAGCACUUUAUAGAGGAGCCGGUGAAGAUUUAAGAAAAGAAUACAUUAAUAUUGGAUUGAACAGGAUUGACCCUGGAACGGUAGUCAUGACAACGGCAGGGAAUUUGAAAGUUUGCAAAUUGCUGCACAUGGUUAUAAAGGCGCCCACCGACAAAUCGACGAUUCAAAAUGCAGUUACAAGGUGUUUAAACGACGCUGACAUGUACGGCUUCGCCUCGUUGUCGCUACCUGCGGUCGGAACCGGUCACUUGCAGAAAGAUGGCAAACAAUCCGCUGAGAUUUUAUACCACUGCAUCAAAGAAUAUCGUAAAAGAAACGACAAGUCCUUGAAGCUCAUUCGUAUUGUUAUUUUACAAGAAAAUGUUUUCGAGGAAUUCCGUGGAGCUUUCGCACGCAAAGAUCCGGGCGCAGAGUCAUCGAAAGGAAGCACACGUAAGACGAGGCAACAGAUUACUCUUGAAAUUGCGGCAGAAAGUUCGAGCGACAUCGCAGCGAUCAAGGAAGAACUGAAACGGGUCGAGGCAGAACAAUGUCAUACUGAGACCAUCGAAACACAACAGGUGAUUGAUGUGAAACAACUAGCGAAAAUCAUGGAAAUACAGGACCUCCACGAUGUUCGUAUUGAGUGUGAACCCACUAUUGGAUACAUCAGAAUCAGCGGGCUGGCAAGGAAUGUGGCGAUUGCUGUGGGAAAGAUUCACAAUAUUAUUCACGAAUGGGAACGAGAGAGACAUCACGCAGAUGUGACUGUCCGAGAGGUUGAAUGGUUGUAUUACGAGGGUGAUAGAGGCGUGGUUAUUCCCGAAAGGUACGCAAAAGAAAUGAGCGCCAAGAUAGAGACGGAGUACAAGAGAAAUCCUUCUGGGACUGUCGAAGUUGGUGACGAUGAGAAAUAUAAAAUAGAUUUCAAAACCAUGACAGAGACAUGUUUGACUUCAAACGAAGACCUGAUGAAAGUCUACAGACGCCCGUGUCAAGCAUUUCCAUUUCCUGGAAAUUGGGAAUAUCAGCCAAUAGACGGUUCCACUGGGCAGGAGCUGCAAGUAUUUUCCUUCAAUAUUGAGAAACAAGACACAGAAUAUCACCAAAUUCACAACAAAUUUCAAGCAUCGCUCUCAUUAGCAACAAACGUUUCCAAGACGGAGGUUGUAAAGAUUGAGAGAAUUCAAAAUCCAGGAUUGUAUCAAUUGUACCAAGCGAAAAAGCGGGAAAUGAGCGAUGGUGGAAAUGAAAUGUUGCUAUAUCAUGGAACAACAAAAGAUGCUGUGGAAAAAAUCAACCGCGCUGGUUUUAAUAGAUCUUAUUCUGGAAAACUGAACGCUUUCAAGUUUGGCAACGGUGUAUAUUUUGCCAGAGAAGCUUGGUAUUCAUCAAGAAGACAAUAUGCUGCUCCUGAUGAGAAAGGUCUACAGUAUAUGUACAUAGCCAAGGUCUUGGUUGGGAAAUACACAAAAGGAAACGAAGGUCUGAUCGUCCCACCGCCAAUUGACACUAGCAAUCCAAAUGUUAGUUACGACUCUCUUGUUGACAAUGUAGCAAAGCCGCUGAUCUACGUUGUUUUUUAUGACUAUCAGCACUAUCCGGAGUACUUAAUUACAUUUAAGGAAAAACCAAGCAAUGAAUUGCCGCAAUACCGCCUCUCAGAUAUCCAGCCAGCGCAUGAAGAAAUCUCUGAAAAAAAUAAAACCGCCAGCAUUCCUCUUGAAUCCCCUUCGCAACCUGGGCCAUGCAACGUAGCUAAAGAUGCUAGCCCUCCUGGCACAAAGGAAAGCAACACGUGGUUUAAAGACACUUUCCUUAAUUCAAGAUGCAAGCUAAAAAAAGAAAUUCAUGAAGCUUUAAGAAGUUUCCCGUGGUUGUGUGGAGCGUACGGCCUUUCUGGUCCAAACAAGAAGAUUUGUCGUCCACAUAUUUACCUCACAAUUAAAAGAGGAAUGAAAAAAUCCGAUGUACGACGCGACCUUCAAGAAAAAUUCAAUGUUGACACAAAGCAAUAUUUUGAACUUCUGCAAGAGCCAAAAGAAAAUCCGAAUAUCAAAUUCUUGGUUCGGGAUCAAAAUACUUCGAGUGUUGGAGUCGAAACUUCAUCGUCCGCUACACCAGUCCUUCCAGCACCAGGUGGUGGUGUAUUAGCUUGCAGUGGACAAAGUAAUCAUAACCCAUGUCAUGUACCUGAAGGCGAGAGAGACUUACCUGAUGUGGAAGGAACAGGAACGCUAACUAUGUUUUGUUGCAAAAACGGACAGCAUUACGCACUUACUUGCUUUCACGUUGCUUGUGCAUCUGAUGAAGCUCGUUUGAAUGCUGCGAUCAAUAAACGAGAAAAUAUCCAACAGAUGCGCGACGAAUUUGCAGAUUUGCAAACUCGUGCCAGAGAAAAAGAAUACUUAUUUAAAGAAAACAGAAGAGUAACCAACAACGAGGCCAUUUCGUUUGGAGAUGAUGAAAGCAACCACUUGCAACUUGGUGAAUUUGAAAAUGCUCAUUUUAAUACAAAAUGUGAUAUAUUGUCUCUAAAGAUUCCGAAAGACGUUCAACUUUCUUGUAAAAUUUCGGGUGUAACCUCACCGGAUUGGAAUAAGAUAAAUGGCGAACUGAAUAAGCGAGUUAUUGAAAAUAAUACGAGUCCAGUUCAUGUAGAAAAAAACGGUUUUUCGUCAGGCUUAACGAAAGGAUAUAUCGUUCCCUGUGAUUUUAGUUACAGCGAAGGACCGAAACUGCUUUUUAAGGAUGCAUUUGUUGUCGAAGGAUAUGGUGGUACUCCUUUCCUUGAAGACGGUGAUUCAGGUUCUCUUGUGUUCUUUCGUGAUGAAAAAAAUGUGAAGCAGGCAUUUUCUUAUGGUGUUUGCGAAGUGAGUGAUGACUUAUUACCAAAGAAAGGUUUUGCCUUCCCAUCGCAAGAACUUGCUCCAACAAAUCAGAUGGAAGGAACACGUUUGAGCCAACAACAGGAACAUGAUGUACCCUCGACAUCACUGGAACAAGCCUCGCCAAGGCAUAACGGAACAAAGAUUUCUACCGCGCCCGAUCAUACCUCCCAAGGACAAGCAACUGGUUCCAAUGAUUGUGAUAGCGGUAGCAGUAGCCCUUGGAGUGAAGACAGCGAUGACGGAGGAAUUGUGUUCCAAGAGGAGAGAAAUGGGUUAUCAUAUAUCUGUUUGCCAUUAUACACUGCAUUGAGGAAACUUGAGCUUUUAGAAGCAGCGUGUUUUAACGAUUGUGCUAAUAGCCGGGAAUAAUAGGAGUUCCUAACAUCAGAGCUUAUUGAAAAUAUAUCGAAUCAAAUAUACAGCUCUUUCAAACUUGAAGUGUUUUAAAAACAACUCGCAUCGUUGCGCGCCUAGUAUAUACGUAGCUUAAAUAAAGGAAAUAACGUUCUUAUAAGUUGUAGAGGAAACCUGGUUCUUAUGGUAAGCAUUAAAUUAGUUCUUAUGUUAAGCAUUAGAUUAGUUCUUAUGGUAUAGGCAUAGCACGUAACUUCGGCUUUUAAAGUCUGUCGUGCGUAGCUUCCCACUAUUUUGAAAGUAUGUAAAACAAUUGGGCUAACCGGACUUGUCUUCGAGUAAAAUGUGUGAAAUAUCAGCCAUAUUGCAUCGUUCAGAGAUAAUAACAUAUUUAUUGGAAAUUGUUAGUUAAUAUAUGUGGCACGUUUAUUCUUUUUUAGCAAGAAAUCUCCUGCUAAAAGUCUAAAUAAUGAUUUUUCCAUAUUUCCAAAACCUUAAAUCGAUGUA